AUGUUAAGACAAAUUUUAUACCCAAUUUUGUUCUUUUAUGUUCAAGCCAUUGCUGGUUUAGAUAUUACAACAAACACUAUUUCAAGAAAUACUAUUGAUUUAAAUGUCGGUGCUAUAACUAUUCAUUCAGGUGCUUAUUGGUCAAUCAUUGAUAAUGCUAUUUCCGCUUUUGUUGGUGAUUUAACUGUUCAACCAGAUGCUGGUUUAUAUAUUUCAUCAGUUAAUCCAUUAAUUGGAUUACAAGUUACUUUAUUAGGUGUUUUAAAUAAAAUUCAAAAUGAUGGAAUUAUUGCAUUUAACGCCGUUAAAUCAUUGCUUCCUGCUAAUUAUAAUUUAGUUGGUUUAUCAUUUACUAAUAAUGGUGAAAUAUAUUUUGGUGCCAAUGGUGCAGUUGUUGGUUCAAUUUUCAGUUUAACUGCUGCUUCAUGGACAAAUACUGGUUUAGUUGUAUUUUAUCAAACUCAAAGAAGUGCUGCAGCUGUUACUCUUGGUUUACCUGCUACAUCUAUCUCAAAUACUGGUACAAUUUGUUUAUAUGGAAGUUUUUAUCAACAAACAAGUGGUAUUUCUGGUAAUGGUUGUUUUGCUGCUUAUGAAGAUUCAACUAUUUAUUUAGCUACUUUAGUUUCACCAAUUGAUCCUAAUCAAAUUUUCUAUUUAGAUGAUUCAGAAAGUUCCAUUGUUAUUGAAGCUGUCAGUACUCCAGGACGUACUUAUAAGGUUUAUGGUUAUGGUAAUAGAAAUAGAGUUGGUAUUAGUAUUCCAUUACUUGCAAUUCCAUUCCUUAGUGCUCCAGCUUGGGAUUAUAAUGCUGGUACUGGUAUUUUAACUUUAAGAGGUCUUAAUGUUGCUGGUUUAGCUUUAUCACAAAAAUUUGAUAUUGGUCUUGGUUACAUUAAUUCAAAUUUCCAAGUUGUUACCGAUACAGGUGCUGGUUUACCAACUACUUUGUUAGGUUCAUUACAAUAUAAUGGUCCUGUUCCAGCCGGUUCACUUCGUCCAAGUAAUUGUGUUUGUAAAAAAUUACCACCUGCUCCAGGAACUGAUGUUUCAUCUUCAACUACUGCUACUAGUUCAACUUUAUCUUCAUCAAGUUCAUCUAUAAGUUCCGUUUCAGCUACAUCAUCAAGUGAAAGCUCAUCAAUCCCAACAUCAUCUAGUCAAAGUUCAUCAAUCCCAACUUCUUCUAGUGAAAGUUCAUCAUCUAUCCCAACUUCUUCUAGUGAAAGCUCUUCAGCUCCUACAUCCUCAAGUGCUAGCUCAACUGGUCCAAUUUCAUCAAGUGAAAGCUCAUCAUCAGUUCCAACUUCAUCAAGUGAAAGCUCAUCAUCAGUUCCAACUUCAUCAAGUGAAAGUUCAUCAUCAGUACCAGCUUCAUCAAGUGAAAGCUCAUCAUCAGUACCAGCUUCAUCAAGUGAAAGCUCAUCAUCAGUACCAGCUUCAUCAAGUGAAAGCUCAUCAUCAGGACCAGCUUCAUCAAGUGAAAGUUCUUCAUCAGUACCAGCUUCAUCAAGUGAAAGUUCUUCAUCAGUACCAGCUUCAUCAAGUGAAAACUCAUCAUCAGUACCAUCUUCAUCAAGUGAAAGUUCUUCAUCAGUACCAUCUUCAUCGAGUGAAAGCUCAUCAUCAGUACCAGCUUCAUCAAGUGAGAGUUCUUCAUCAGUACCAGCUUCAUCAAGUGAAAGCUCUUCAUCAGUACCAGCUUCAUCAAGUGAAAGUUCUUCAUCAGUACCAUCUUCAUCAAGUGAAAGUUCAUCAGCUCCUUCUUCUUCAAGUGCUAGCUCAUCCGGUCCAGUUUCAUCAAGUGAAAGCUCAACCGGUCCAAUUUCAUCAAGCGCAAGCUCAACUGGUGGUAUUAUUUCAUCUGAAUCCUCAUCAGCCCCAUUUACAACUGAAUACACAACUACUUGGACUACGACUAACUCAGAUGGUUCAACUGAAACUGAAUCAGGAAUUGUUAGUCAAUCAAACUCAUACCUUACUACAAUUACUACUUUCCCACAUCAAUCAUCAUCCAAAUCUUCAUCAGCUCCAUUUACUACUGAAUACACAACCACUUGGACGACAACUAACUCAGGUGGUUUAACUGAAACUGAUUCAGGAAUUGUUAGUCAAUCAGAUACUUCAUUAACUACAAUUACUACAUUCCCACAUCAAUCAACAUCCAAAUCUUCAUCAGCUCCAUUUACAACCGAGUACACAACUACUUGGACUACAACUAACUCAGAUGGUUCUACUGAAACUGAAUCAGGUAUUGUUAGUCAAUCAAACUCAUACCUUACCACUAUUACUACUUUCCCACAUCAAUCAACAUCCAAGUCCUCAUCAGUUCCAUUUACAACUGAAUACACAACUACUUGGACUACAACUAACUCAGAUGGCUCUACUGAAACUGAAUCAGGUAUUGUUAGUCAAUCAAACUCAUACCUUACUACUAUUACAACAUUCCCACAUCAAUCAACAUCCAAGUCCUCAUCAGCUCCAUUUACAACUGAAUAUACAACUACUUGGACAACAACUAACUCAGGUGGUUUAACUGAAACUGAAUCAGGAAUUGUUAGUCAAUCAAACUCAUACCUUACUACUAUUACUACUUUCCCACAUCAAUCAACAUCCAAAUCUUCAUCAGCUCCAUUUACAACCGAGUACACAACUACUUGGACUACAACUAACUCAGAUGGUUCUACUGAAACUGAAUCAGGAAUUGUUAGUCAAUCAAACUCAUACCUUACUACUAUUACAACUUUCCCACAUCAAUCAUCUAUAAUUCCUACAGCUCCUUACCAAAAUUCAACUUCUUCAGCCACAGGCACUGGAAAUGGAAAUACAGGUACAGGUACUGGUAAUGGUAUAACUACUGAAACUGGCUCAGGCAAUGGUAAAACUACUGAAACUGGCUCAGGCAAUGGUAAGACUACUGAAACUGGCUCAGGAACUGCUACUUCAAUUCCAACCGGUGGAAACAAUAAUGGAAAUGGAAACACCAAUGGUAAUGGAAAUGCUACUGGAACAGAAAAUGGAAACGGUAAUCCUACUGGUACUGGUACUGGCAACGGUAAUGGUAAUGGUACUGCCACUUCAACUCCUUCAGGUGGCAACGGUUCAAAUAAUGGCGGUCAAGGUUCUAAUAAUGGUGAAGGUUCAUCAGGUAGUGGUUCAGGUAGUGGUUCAUCAGGUAGUGGUUCAGGUAGUGGUUCAUCAGGUACUGGUUCAGGAAGUGGUUCAUCAGGUACUGGAUCAGGAAGUGGUUCAUCAGGUACUGGAUCAGGUAGUGGUUCAUCAGGUACUGGAUCAGGUAGUGGUUCACCAGGUAGUGGUUCAGGUAGUGGUUCAUCAGGUUCUGGAUCAUCAGGUACUGGAUCAGGCAGUGGUUCACCAGGUAGUGGAUCAGGUAGUGGAUCAUCAGGUACUGGAUCAGGUAGUGGCUCUGGUUCAGGUAUUUCUACUUCAAUUAAUGCUGCUCCUUCGUCUUCAGCAGUUAGUGUCCCAGCUUAUGAAGGUUCAGGUUCAUCAACUAAGGUUUCAUCAAUAUUGGCUGGAUUAUUUGCUUUAUUAUCAAUUAUUGUUUAA